UGGUCAGACGUUGUGUAUCCGGGUCGCGGCAGGGAAAGAUGGCGGCGCCCAUGGAGCUGUACUGCUGGAAAGGGGACUGGGGGCUGCCGUCGGUUGAUGUGGAUUGUCUGACUGUGCUGACGUACGCCAGGUUCUCGGGGGCCCCUCUGAAGCUUCAUAAGAUUUCAAACCCAUGGAGAAGCCCAUCAGGCCGCCUGCCCGCUCUGAAGACGCAGGACGAAGGAAUACUUUUCCAGACCACGAAGAUUAUAACCCAUCUCAGGAAGCAGAAAUACAAUGCAGAUUACGACCUCUCGGCCAAGCAGGGAGCCGACACCUUGGCCUUUGUCUCUCUGCUGGAGGAGAAGCUGCUUCCGGCCCUGGUCUACACAUUUUGGGUCGAUAGCAGAAAUUACGUGGAGCACACGCGGACGUGGUACGCCGAAACCAUUCCAUUCCCCCUCAAUUUCUUCCUCCCCAACCAGAUGCACAAGAGAGCGUUGGAGCGGCUGCAGCUCGUCCGGGGAGAGGGAUGGAGCGAGGAGGAGGACGGCGAUCUGGAGAAGCAGCUGUACUCGGACGCGCAGGAGUGCAUGAAGCUCUUGUCUCAGCGAUUGGGAACACAGAAGUUCUUCUUUGGAGACUCACCUGCCUCCAUUGAUGCUCACAUUUUCGGCUGCCUGGCCCCCAUCCUGAACGCCAAGCUCCCCAAUAACAAACUGCAGCAACACCUGCGGGCGUUGGAUAACCUGUGCCAGUACUGCAGCUCCAUCCUCAAUGUGUACUUUGCGUGGGAUGAAGAUACUGCCCCCCGCAUCUCCCCAAAGACCCCAAAUGCUGAGGCUUCAGACCCUGAGGAUGAGCCCCACAAACGGCGAAACCAGAUCCUCUCCGUGCUGGCUGGGAUUUUGGCCAUGGUUGGGUACGCUGUGCUUAGCGGCAUUGUCUCCAUUCAGCAUGUGUCGGCCGACGAUGCCCUGGAGCGGGGCCUUGCAGCGGACGAUAACGAGGAAGAAGAGGAAUGAGGAGGGAGGACUUUGUAGCACUCAGAACUCUUUGCAUUCCAUGGCCGCCGGGGCAGAUCUCACAGCACCUGUAGCAUUAAAAUGUAUGGGAUUUCUUUACA